GUAUAAAUAUUAUCCAAAAGGAAUUAAAAGUAAAAGAGAUCGUUUUGAGCAAAGUUCGUGGAAAUGGAGAUAAGGAUUCGCCCAGCAAUCCAGUGUAUAUGCAGGGGCAGCUCUCUUCCUUCAAAACCAACUUCAUCUCUUCAAUUUCCUCUUUCUUCUUCUCAUUUCAGACCUCUCACUUACUUCCAUCAAUGGCAGAACCAACUCACCACUACUCGCUCACUCUCCGACGGAAAUUUGGCAACCGAACCUGCUAAUUCUCGUGGAUCCCUUGCAUUAAAGAAGAAGGCAACAGAUAUAUGCGCAGACCUGAAAGGAACGUCAAUAUUUCUCGUGGGUAUGAAGAGUGCAAUGAAGACCAGUGUGGGCAAGCUUAUUGCAGAUGAGUUACGCUAUUACUACUUUGAUAGUGACAAUGUAGUUGAGGAGGCUGCUGCUGAGGAUUCUUCCGGCAAAUCUUUUAAAGAGAGGGAUGAAGAUGGUUUUCAAAAAUCGGAGACUGAAGUGUUGAAGCAAUUAUCAUCAUUGGGCCGACUAAUAGUCAAUGCUGGAAAUGGUGCAGUUCAGAGUAUGACUAAUUUGGCUCUACUACGACAUGGAAUCACAAUAUGGAUAGAUGUUCCUUUAGACAUUAUAGCAAAAGAGUCCAUUAGAGAUGAUGAACAAUCUACUACGUCUACUCCAGAUACCUUCUCUGAGGCUUUGGAUCAGUUAACUCUGCUUUGUGAAGAGAACAGAGGUGGAUAUGCUACGGCAGAUGCAACUAUUUCAGUGCAAACGGUGGCUACCAAACUUGCUUAUGAUGAAUAUGAACAAGUUACUGCAGAAGACAUGGCACUGGAGGUUUUGUCGCAGAUAGAGAAGCUUACAAGAGUGAAGAAGCUGAUGGAAGAAGCUGGAAGGCCUUUUUAGUUAUUGUUGGCUCCUCCAAUUCCAUUUAUGUAUCUGUUAAGUCCUGGUUGGUAAAUUACUAAAUUGUAAGCAUGAUGUGAGCAAAAUCUUGUACGAAGUACAAACUACGAGUAAUUGCUACAACACUAGCAUUUCUAAUCUAAAUUUUUAAUUAAUAAAAAAAAAAAAAAAUUACUUAUGCGUUGCUUGCAGUCUAGAGAUAGCACAAAUCUUUUCCUGACAUUAUAUCCCUACUUUAUUAUUCUAAUACCACAUUUUAUGGCAGCUCAUUUCCUUGUGAAAAAGCACAUUCACAUUCGGUGCAAGCAUAAGAUAGAAUUCUUCCUGCUGAAAAAGCUUCUCGGUGUCUGGUACAUUUUAGAUUAUGUCUUUCAUUUUAAGCUUUCACCCUUUGCUUCUUUAUAUUUUAAUGGGAAAA